AUGGAAGAUAAUGGAUCAAAAAAGUAUAGUUUUACUGAAAGUUUAGUAGAUAGUGCUUUCAUGUUUGUUCCACUUACAAAAUUUCUUCCUUUAAUUAAUGAAAUUGGAAAUUUUUUUAACGAAAUCAUCGAAUUAGUAGAAGCUGCUGAACACAAUAAACGAACUUGUGAAAUAUUAAAAAAUCGAGUUCGUGUUGCACAAUUAGCCGUACGAGAUCUUAGAGAUAAAAGAAAAGACAGAGAUGAUUUUUUUAAUAAAAUAAAUUAUAUACGUUUACAAGAAUUAUCUACUAUUAUAACGCAAAUUAAAAAAUUUAUAUCAGAAAUCUCUCUAAUGAAAACUUUAAAUAAAUCAUCUUGA